AUGUCGAGCGCCGAGGCCGCUGCGGGGGACCGGGACGACGACGAGGUCGUCCACGACUUCGCCCCGCUCCUCGUGGUGUACAAGAGCGGCCGCCUCGAGCGGCCCAUCGCCAUGCCGCCUGUCCCGCCAGGUCUCGACGCCGUCACAGGCGUCGCGUCCAGGGACGUGGCACUCUCCCCGCACUCCUUCGCGCGCCUCUACCUCCCGCCCGCCGCCACCGACGAGAACUCGAGGAAGCUCCCCGUGGUCGUCUACUUCCACGGCGGCGGCUUCGUGAUCGGGUCGGCCGCGUCCGCCGCGUACCACCGCUGCCUCAACGACCUCGCCGCGGCCUGCCCCGCCGUCGCCGUCUCCGUGGACUACCGCCUCGCGCCGGAGCACCCGCUCCCCGCCGCGUACGAGGACUCCCUCGCGGCCCUCGAGUGGGCGCUCUCCGCCUCUGACCCGUGGCUCGCGGCGCACGGCGACCCCUCCCGCAUGUUCCUGGCCGGGGACAGCGCGGGCGCCAACAUCUGCCACCACCUCGCCAUGCACCUGGGCAUCCGGGGCGCCGGCCUCAGGGGCGUCGUGCUGAUCCACCCGUGGUUCUGGGGCAGGGAGCCCGUCGGCGGGGAGCCCUGGGGCCCCGCGAAGAUGCAGAAGGGCCUGUGGGAGUUCGUGUGCCCCGGCGCGGUGGGCGGCGAGGACGACCCCCGGAUGAACCCGAUGGCGCCGGGCGCGCCGGGGCUGGAGGGCCUGGCGUGUGGGAAGGUGAUGGUGUGCGUGGCCGAGGGGGACGUCCUGCGGUGGCGCGGGAGGCUGUACGCGGAGGCGGCGGCGCGGGCGAGGGGCGCCGAGCCGCGCGUGGAGCUGUUCGAGUCGGAGGGGGUCGGCCACGUCUUCUACCUGCUGGAGCCCGCGGCGGAGAAGGCCAGGGAGCUGCUGGACAGGAUCGCGGCGUUCGUCAGUACGGAGUGA